AGUUCUCCCAUAAUUUUGUUGUACUCUUUGUAGAAUUUUUUUGAUAAUUCUAAUAGCCUUCAAAAAUGAGUGCCUUGUCUUCAGAAUUAAUUUGACAACUCGGUUAGCUGAGGGGCUUAUUUGCCAAAUAGGUCUUGAAAGCGGCCAGGGAAGCAGGCGUUGCGUUUGCCUUCAUCGGGUUUCACCCGGCGGGCCGUUGAUCAGUUUCAUUUCGUCGCCAGUCUUUGUUUUAUUUCGUUCCCUAGGAGUACAGAGCUCCCCAAAGUAAAAUUCGUAUUUUUCUAGCCCAGCCGGGUUUUAUUCCGUGUUUCGUCGUUCGCUUCUUUUCGUUGGUCGGCACUCGUAUCCGUGAAGUGAGUUCCACCCGUAGACCGUGGGGAAGCGUUCUUCGUCUUCGGAGGCUUUGCUAAAAUUGUCCGUGAGUAGGUAGCCAGAAUGAGUAGCCACCAGUGCAGCCUGGGCAAGCUGGCCCAGCGGGGCGCGAGCCUGCAGAUGCGCUGCUUCUACCACACCUGCGGCAGGCCGUUUGUGGUGCAGAGCAUGGGCCAGCUGAACCAGUGGUCCAGGCCCGCCCAGGCGCAGCCCGACAACUUCGAGCGCAGCCGGGUGCGCAAGAUCGUGGGGGUGAAGAAGACUCUGGUCAACCAGAUGCAGGGCAUGGCCCACAGUCUGGGGCCCUCGAAGGUGGCGCCCUACAAGAUCUACGGCAAGACGCGGCUCUUCUCCUCCUCGAGCAACCUGCACGGCCGCUCGCAGCACCAGGAGCAGGAGGAGGACGAGGAGGAGUACUCGGACCAGGAGGACCUGCCGCCCCAGACCAAGGCGUCGUUGUCUGCCACCCAGCGGCGCUACAAACAGGCUUCGGGAUUCGGCAAGGGCAUGGCCUCGCAGGCGGCCAGGGACAUCAGCCAGUCCAUCCAGGAGGAACUGAUGGUGGUGGACGCCGAGACGCGCGACAUGCUCAACUGCGAUCCGGGUCGCCAGGCGGUGCGCGACUUCCGCGAGCAGAUGACCCAAAGGCCGCGGAACCAACCCGUUGAUCCUAUGCAGGGCUGGAAGCAUCCGCGGCCCCUCAAGAACCUCUCCAACCCGUCCGCCAGCGGCGGAAGCGUGAGCGGCAGCAACAGUGCGUCGGGUGCCCAGUCCGAAGGGCAGGAGGAUCGCCAGAUGAGGCCACGUCGCCGCCAGAUGGUCAUGGGCCACACCACCCGCAACCGCGAGGCUCUCACAAAGGCUCCUCCACCGCUGACGCAGUUCAGUUCCGGACCCCGGUUUGAGAUGCACACCCCCAAUGCCAAGGAUAGGAUCUCGGAGCAGCGUAGCGAGCUGCGUCCGCAGACCAGCUGGCACCGCCCCAAGGCAGCCGUCGAGGAGAAGCCGGAGGAUCUGCUGAUGGACGUGUCCCUGGUUCGGGCAGUGCGACCGGAUAUCACGGUGGCCAGGGGUCUCAAGAAAUCCGCGGCGAACGCCGCCGAGCCGGACUCCUGGUACGAGCAGCCCAAGGCGGAGCGCGAGUUCCUCAAACAGGCCUUCCUCGGAGGAGGCAGGAGUCGCCGCAAGGCUGGGCAGCCACGUUUGGAUGAGCUCCACUACGAUGGGACCGACAAUUCGGUCCAGAUAAGCGCCUCCCAGCAGGUGAUCAACCAGAAGUACGCCGGCUUCCGCAGGUCGGCGAGGGGGAAUCAGAAGCAGGUUGUGGAGUCGGUGAAUCCGACGCCGCAGCUCAAUCAGCGUCCGCGGGCCAUGUCGGAGCCUCGGGACACGCGCAGGAGGCGUGGCAUCGCCAGGCAGGGCGUGGACCGACAGGCCGCGCCCCGGUUUUUCGGCGGACAUCGGGAGUCUGCUGCCGCGGAGCGGCUGCAUGAUGAAGAUGAGGACGACGCCAGGGACGAGCCGAGUGCCUCCAAGCCGUCCAACUGGCCGUCGCCCAGUCACUCGCUGCUCAAGAUGACAUCGCGGAGUGACUCUCGCCUGGAAGCGGAUAGCAAGGCACGCGGCAGGAGUGUGCUGGGCGAAAAGCGGGGCCCCAAGAAGCCGGUGGCCACCGAAGCCCCCGUGGAGCACAACGACAUCGGGAUGCCACCGGGAUACAGGAAGGAGUCGGCCGUGCAGCGCCUGGGAAGUGUUUCCGCCAAGCACUACAGCCGUGCCUUCAACAGCUACUGAUCCCGAGUCCCGAAUCUCAAAUCGCACCCGAACAGAGCCACGCCCACCUCCCUGAAAGUCCAACCCACUCCCAAUCCGCGUCCACACUUCUCCCAGCCCGACAAUAGUUGUACUAGCCAGACGAAAAUUUGCGCAUCGAGAUGUCAAAAUCCCUAGAAGUCAACCAAAUUGAGGCGAGACAAUCUCCUUGGCCACAGUGUAGUAGUUUCAUCGUAGAACCAAGUAACUUCAAUAAAUCGAUUACAGUUGUGUAAA